CUUGCUUACAUUCUGGAAAUGUGUGCGCUAUAGUGAACCGCCGCGCUGUUAUUAUCACUGGCCGUAAUAAUAGGCUCUAUGGCGGGCGGAGGGGGGGCUUCGGCACACCUGAACAGCCCGCUAUGGAAGGUGAGCAGGAUGAGCGCAGAUCGCGGACACGAGCGCCAGAGGAGCGCGCGCAUGGAGGCGGAGGUUCGGCUCGGGAUGCGCAGUGAGGAGGAGAGGCUCCAGACCUUCCACAACUGGCCCAGCGACGCUGCAGUGAGUCCAGAGGAGCUCGCACGGGCUGGCUUUCACUAUCUGGGCUACGGGGAUACGGUGCAGUGCUUCUGUUGUGAGGGCAUCCUGAGGCACUGGGUGGAUGGAGACACGCCGCGAGGGGAGCACGAGAGGCACUUCCCCACCUGUGGAUUGAUGAGAGGCAGGGAUGUGGGCAAUGUCCCGCGGGGCUCCUCUGAUUCUGUGGACGGUCAGCUGCUGAGUCAGCUUCAGCGCUUGACCAUGGACGAGCAGGGCCUGACCGGACAGGCUGCAUACUCGGAGAUGGAGACGGAGGACAACAGGCGAUCUACCUUCCACAACUGGCCCACAGGAGCAGCAGUGCAGCCCGACACACUGGCACGCGCUGGAUUCUUCUACACAGGUCAUGGUGACAACGUGAAGUGUUUCUUCUGUGAUGGUGGUUUGAGGAACUGGGAACCAGGAGACGAUCCCUGGCAGGAGCAUGCCAAAUGGUUUCCACAAUGUGAGUAUUUGCUGCAAUCCAGAGGACAGGAAUACGUGCGUAACGUCCAGCAGUCUUUCUUCAACAUGAAUGGGAGAGGGGGUGGAUCUCUAUCAUCAGCUGCAGGAAACAUUACACCAGAGGUGUUGGGUGGGCAGAGAUCAGUGGCGGCACCCAUGUUGUCUCCUGUGGUGCAGGCGGUGCUGCAGAUGGGCUUCCAGCACUCGCUCGUGGAGAGCCUGGUUCAGUCCCGCUUUCUGCUCACCGGUGCGCACUACACCUCCGUCUCUGAUCUGGUGACGGACGUCCUGCAGGCCGAGGAGGAGGAGGAGAGGCAGACAGGGGACACAAGAUCAGAGACUGUGGAGACGCAGAGAACACCAAGAACGACAAGAACAAGAACGCAGGUCUCAAGCAGGGAGAAAGUGCGCUCAGACCUGAGUCCAGAGGAGCAGCUAAGGCAGCUUCAGGAGGAGAGGACCUGUAAGGUCUGCAUGGACAAACUGGUGUCCAUGGUCUUCAUCCCCUGCGGUCAUCUGGUGGUCUGCAGCGACUGUGCCGCCAGUCUGCGUCACUGCCCCAUAUGCAGAGCGGUCAUCCGGGGCAGCGUGAGAGCAUUCAUGUCCUGAAGAGCAAAAACACACACUCACAAACGCCAUUAAAAGAUUAGUUCACUUCUA